GCUUUGAAAGUUGAAAUUGUAAAACGUGAAAGUCAAGGCCAUCAUUUCCUUCAUUUUCCUUUCUUCUUCAUUCUCUCAGUCAGAAACAAACAACACGAACGAAGAGAGAAACAAAGAAAGAAAUCAUGGCCGUAGCUGAUCCCAAACCUCACUCCGAACCUAAGGUAUGGAAUUUCUUCAAGCUUCCUUUUCGCCAUUCAAACACUUCUUCCACCAACACGUCUUCUUCUUCUGCUGCUAACAACAACAACCUUCAUCAUCAUCAUCAACAACUUCACCACCAUAACCCUAACAGUAACACUCACAACAAUCCUCUCGAAGGUUCAACUUCUCAUACUUCCAAUUCAGUUUCUUCUGUUGCUAGAUCGCUUCUUCCAACACGACGUCGUCUUAAGCUUGAUCCUUCUACCAAGCUUUACUUCCCUUAUGAGCCAGGAAAACAGGUUAGGAGUGCCAUCAGGAUUAAAAACACCAGUAAAUCUCAUGUAGCUUUCAAGUUUCAAACAACUGCACCAAAAAGCUGUUUCAUGCGUCCUCCUGGGGCAAUCCUUGCACCUGGCGAGAGUAUCAUAGCAACUGUGUUCAAGUUUGUAGAGCAACCGGAAAAUAAUGAAAAGCCUGAAAAAAGUGGACUCAAAUUUAAAAUAAUGAGUUUGAAGGUCAAGGGUUUAAUUGAUUACGUCCCCGAGCUGUUUGAUGAGCAGAAGGACCAGGUAGCAGUUGAGCAGAUUUUGCGAGUUGUUUUUCUAGAUCCAGAGCGUCCAAGUCCUAUUUUGGAAAAACUGAAGCGGCAGCUGGCUGAUGCUGAUGCCGCCCUUGAAGCACGGAAGAAACCUGCAGAAGAUGCGGGUCCUAAAAUUAUUGGGGAAGGGCUUGUCAUAGACGAAUGGAAAGAGAGGAGGGAAAGAUACCUUGCUAAGCAGCAGGGCGACGUGGUUGUAGAUUCUGUUUAGGCGGUUGGUCUGGAUAAAUUAAUGUCUGUUAUCUUCGCAGAAGAUUACUAAAAUUGAAGCGUCUUUUUCUUGGAUAAAUUUCAGGUGAAUGGCAAGUGUGUUGUACUAUAGAGAAAACUAUGUGUAGGUGUGAUGAUCAUCCUCUAUGUAGAUAAAUAUCAUUAUGUUUGUGGAAUAAUAUAUUUGGAUAAAUUUAUGUGAAAUAGUUCAUUCAAGAUCUCAAAUGAUCAAUGAAUGCUUUGCUGUCAAUCUAUUUUCUAUAUGGUUCUAUUUGUAUUCAGAUGGGAUACAUUUUGUAUGUUUGGUUACAAAUUUUGAGGAAUAUGUUGACAUUGAUUUAUCCUGUUGAAGUAAGGAAAUGGGGUCAUUAUUUGUUUGAUGACCGAAAAUAUAUGGACCCGGUUCUUAUUUAA